ACUAAAAUCACUGGAAGCGUGUUCUUGUUUCAUUUGUUUCUGGAAAUCCGUUGUCAAUUUCUUUUUCCCUCAUAUUCGACCUCCAAAAAUGGCAACCGACAGGGCCGGUUUCGAAUCUUCCACCAUUAACGGUGACGCAACUCCUGACUGCAAGAUCGCGUUGAUCACUGGCAUCACCGGUCAAGAUGGUUCAUAUCUGACCGAGUUCCUCCUCAACAAGGGCUACGAAGUCCACGGCUUGAUCCGCCGCUCUUCCAACUUCAAUACGCAGCGUAUUAAUCACAUCUAUAUUGACCCACACAAUGCCCACAAGGCUCGGAUGAAGCUCCAUUACGCUGACCUCACCGACGCUUCCUCGCUUCGUUGUUGGAUCGACACUAUCCAACCCGACGAGGUUUACAAUCUGGCUGCCCAGUCCCACGUAGCGGUCUCUUUUGAAAUCCCCGAUUAUACUGCUGACGUGGUGGCUACGGGAGCCCUCCGAUUGUUGGAAGCUGUUAGAUCCCACAUCGCCGCCACUGGCCGGACCCAUAUCAAGUAUUACCAAGCUGGAUCCUCGGAAAUGUUUGGCUCCACUCCUCCACCGCAAUCUGAAGAUUCCCCAUUCCACCCCAGAUCUCCAUACGCAGCUUCCAAAUGCGCUGCGCAUUGGUACACUGUGAAUUACAGGGAAGCAUACGGGAUUUUCGCCUGUAACGGAGUUCUGUUCAAUCACGAAUCCCCCAGGAGAGGAGAGAAUUUCGUGACCCGUAAAAUCACUCGUGCUGUUGGGAGGAUCAAGAUUGGGUUGCAAAGCAAGUUGUUUUUGGGGAAUUUGCAAGCUUCGAGGGAUUGGGGUUUUGCUGGGGAUUACGUCGAAGCGAUGUGGAUGAUGCUGCAACAAGAGAAGCCGGACGAUUACGUGGUGGCAACGGAGGAGUCGCAUACGGUGGAGGAGUUUUUGGAAGUGGCAUUUGGGUGUGUUGGGUUGAAUUGGAAAGAUCAUGUUGUGAUUGAUAAGAGGUAUUUUAGGCCUGCAGAAGUGGAUAAUUUGAAAGGUGAUUCGAGCAAGGCAAGGAAGAUUCUUGGGUGGAAACCCAGAGUUGGGUUUGAGCAAUUGGUGAAGAUGAUGGUUGAUGAAGAUAUUGAGUUGGCUAGGAGGGAGAAGGUAUUGGUUGAUGCUGGUUAUAUGGAUGCCCAGCAACAGCCUUAAUUUAUAGCCAUCCAAAAUUUCCUGCUUUUGGUUGGUUUCCUAGAUCUUUAUAGUUGGGGAGGGUAUUUAUUUGAUUCUUAUAGUUUUAUUUAACGUUUUCUUUUAGAAGGUUUUUGUUGUUUGAUUCUUUAAAUUCCGCGGAAUUCGUAAUGAUAAAUUUGCAGUUAAGCUUGAUUCUUGUCUUGGAAUGCUGGAAUCUGGAUCUCAUAACUUCUGUUCGAAGUAAAAGUGGGUUAAUGGAUGUACAUUGUACAUGAUCAGAGCAUGAAAUUUUGUUCAUCUUGUGAUCUGUUUGUGUCAGUGGUUUGGGUUGCUACUCAUGUACUUGUAGUUAUUAGAUCACGUGAUGUGUCCAGACAUGCAUGGCCAGUGGCCAAAUAAGCUUGGGAAAACCAAAACCUUGAUUGAUGCCCUCAUAAAUUGUUAAUCAAGAUUUAAUGGUGUGAUUCCUGAUUAUUAAUUUUGAAAA